AUGGGAGGGAGAGGCGGAUUGGCACUUUUAUGGAAAGAGGAAGGGGAGGUAGAAAUAGUUAAUUACUCACAACAUCAUAUUAGUGCUUAUGUUGGAAAGGAGGAUAGGUGGUUGUUGACUGGGUUCUAUGGACACUCAGAGGUAAAUAAGAGAAGAGAUACAUGGAACUUGUUGUCAUUAAUAAAACCAUCUGACCAGGUACCAUGGUGCACUAUUGGGGAUUUCAAUGAGGUGUGCUGUCAAGAUGAGAAGGAGGGGGGUAGGCCUAGACCCGAAAGCCAAAUGAGAGAAUUUUGGCAUGCUUUGGAUGAAAACUGUCUGUUUGAUCUUGGAUGGAAGGGAUGCAAGUUUACUUGGAGCAACAAACAUGAGGAUCAAACCUUCACGAAGGAAAGGCUUGACAGGGCAGUGGCUAACUGGAGAUGGAUUGAGAUGUUUAAAAACAGGGAGGUGGAGGUGUUGACAGCAAGCCAGUCUGAUCAUAAAGCUCUACUAUUGAGCAUGGAUAAGGGGGUGGUUUUGCAUAUGAAGAGGAGAAGACUGUUUAGAUUUGAGGCAAAAUGGACUCUCAAGGAAGAUGGAGGGGCAGUUAUUGAAGAUGUAUGGAAGAGAAGGAAGAGGCAAGAUGCUGAGAAACAGAUAAAAGAAAAAACAGAAAGGUUAAAAGUGGAACAAGAAGAGGAGGGCCCUCAUAAUGUUAAGAUCAUCAAAUCUCUGCAAAGGGAGUUGGGUUUACUAUUAGCACAGGAAGAUAUAAAAUGGAAACAGAGAGCCAAGAGGAAUUGGUAUAAAAAUGGGGAUAAGAACACAAAAUUCUUUCACUCAUGUGCAAAUCAGAGGAGAAUUAAGAAUCGGAUUAAGGAAAUAAAGGAUGCUAAUGGUCAACUGGUGAAUGAACAAGGUGAAAUGGAGAGGGUUCUCUCUAUGUAUUUUCAGAACCUAUUUGCUUCUACUAAUCCUACCAUGGAAGCCAUUGAUGAAUGCUUGAGAGGUAUCAGGCCGAGGGUAACACUAGUGAUGAAUGAAGACUUGCAGAGACCCUAUGUUGAGGAAGAAAUCAGGAUUGCUUUGAAGCAAAUGGCGUCAUUAAAAUCCCCGAGGCCUGAUGGAUAUGAGGCUUGCUUUUAUCAUGCAUAUUGGGAAACAAUAGGGGAAGAGGUGAGUACGGCUGUUCUUGGCUUCUUAAAUGGGGAAGGAGGGUUAGGAAAUGGACUGAACUACACAUAUAUAGCACUGAUUCCGAAGGUUAAGGAUCCAUUAUUGGCUAGUGAAUUUAGACUUAUCAGUCUAUGUAACGUCAUGUAUAAGCUGAUUUCAAAGGUCUUAGCAAAUAGACUCAAGAAGGUGUUGCCUUUGUUGAUUUCCCACAAGCAAAGUGCUUUCAUCCCGGAGAGAUUGAUAACUGAUAAAGUGAUGAUUGCAUAUGAAGCUUUGCAUUCAAUGAAGACAAGGCAAAAGGGGAAGGUGGGAAGUAUGACUUUAAAGCUAGACAUGGCAAAAGUUUAUGAUAGGAUUGAAUGGAGGUUUGUAGAGAGUAUAAUGAGGAAGAUGGGGUUUGAGGAAAGGUGGAUUGGUUUGAUAAUGCAGUGUGUAUCUUCAGUUACCUAUUUGGUAUUGGUCAAUGGAUAG